AUGUCUGAUAUCUGGCUCAUCUCUUUUGUGCUUAUACUAGCUCUCGUUGGCCUGAUGCGAUGGGGCAGGACCAAAUUGCCCUUUCCUCCAGGUCCACGCGGAUAUCCAAUCAUCGGCAACUUAUUGGAUAUGCCCUCUGAACUCCAGUGGGAGAAGUAUUCUGAAUGGUCUAAGAAAUAUGGCUCUGAUAUCAUCUAUCUCAAUGUUUUGGGGAACUCAAUUGUCGUGCUCAACUCCUACAAAGCCGUAAACGACCUCCUCUCGGUGCGCUCGUCGCUUUACUCGGAUAGCACCAUGUUAAACGAACUUCUAGGUUGGGGGCGGAUGAUGAGCUUCAUGCCCUACGGUGAAAAAUGGCGCACACACCGUCGUGCAUUUUGGCAAGAAUUCAAUCCAAAAAAUGCACCUGAUCAUCAACCAACGCAACUCCGGUACUCUCGAGAUCUUCUUCGACGACUACUGAAGGAACCCCAGAGGUUUCUUCAUCACAUCGACCAUACUCUGUCGGCGAGCAUCAUUGCUCUUGUUUAUGGCUUAGAUGUCAAGCCUGAACAUGAUCCCAAUGUCGAACGUGCCGAAAAAGCACUUGUACAAUUGCAAGAAGCUAGCAUCUCAGGAAGUUUCGUGGUUGAUCUCCUUCCAUUCCUGAAGUAUAUUCCAAGCUGGAUGCCGGGGGGCGGCUUCAAGGCCUACGCAGAGAGGGUGCGGCCCGAUACCAUCGCUAUGCGAGAGAUGCCAUAUGAAGAAGGUUGCGGCCUCUUGCGCGAAGGUAAGGGGAACUCUUGUGUUAUAUCACGCAGUUUGGCCCGGGGCGGAUACAGUAUCGAUAGUCACCCCGAUCGAGAGCUUAUCAAAAAUGUGGCAUGGAUAGCUUAUGCGGGUGGUGCCGAAACGUCUCGUUCAGUAGUCUCUACAUUCGUCGCAGCGAUGCUCCUUUAUCCAGAAGUGCAAAGGAAAGGUCAAAAUGAGCUAGACAGCUAUCUUGGUUCACGACUCCCUGUGUUUGAAGACCUUCCACAUUUACCAUAUGUCCAUGCUAUCAUGUUGGAAGCCCUGAGGUGGCAGUCUGUGGGGCCUUUAGGUGUAGCGCACCGACUUACAAUGGACGAUGAGUACAAGGGAUAUUUCAUUCCCAAAGGAUCAACUGUUUUCGUCAAUGUUUGGGCCCUCUUGAGAGACGAAGAAUGUCACCCGGACCCUGAUACCUUCAAUCCCGAGCGAUUUCUCAAGGAUGGCAAACUUAAUCCGAAGACUCUUGACUCCAACCCCAAUUUCGGAUUUGGGCGGAGGAUAUGCCCUGGUCGGUUCUUUGCUAUGGACUCUAUUUUGAUCUCUGUCGCGUCGACUCUGUUCUGUUUCGACAUCACUAAAGCGAAGGACGCAGGAGGUCGAGAUAUCGAACCCGAUAUUCGAUACGCUCCUGCAUCAUCAAGACAGGUACUCCCAUUCGAAUGCUCAAUCAAACCCCGUUCUGCCCAGGCCGCGACACUGAUCCUCAAUUCCGAGCUUGUGUGA